AUGUCCCUCGCAUUCGACGAGUACGGGCGACCGUUUUUGAUCAUCAAGGAACAAAGCUCUAAACAAAGACUCCGGGGGAUCGAGGCGCAAAAGGCGAACAUACUCGCCGCGAAGAGCGUGGCGAGGACGCUGAGAUCAAGUCUCGGACCAAAGGGCAUGGACAAAAUUCUCCAAUCCGGCGACGGCGAUAUUACCAUCACCAACGACGGCGCGACGAUUUUAGAACGCAUGGAAGUGGAACAUCAAAUCGGGAAGCUUUUGGUCGAACUUUCGAGAUCACAAGAUUACGAAAUCGGGGAUGGGACGACGGGUGUGGUUGUUUUAGCCGGUGCGCUUUUAGAGCAAGCGGAGACGUUGUUAGAUCGCGGGAUUCACCCGUUGAGAAUCGCGGAAGGCUACGAGAUGGCGUCCAAAGUCGCCAUCACGGAGUUGGAGCGCAUCUCGGAAGAGUUUGAGUUUAGUCGCGAAAAUAUCGAGCCGUUGGUGCAAACGUGUUGCACGACGUUGAGUUCGAAAAUUGUGAACAGAUGUAAGCGAGAGAUGGCGGAGAUUUGCGUCAAAGCUGUCAUGGGCGUCGCGGAUUUGGAGAGGAAAGACGUGAAUCUAGAUUUGAUAAAGUUGGAAGGUAAAGUCGGAGGGAAGUUGGAAGAUACGUGCUUAGUGAACGGGAUCGUGUUGGAUAAAGACAUCUCGCACCCGCAAAUGCGCAAGGAAAUUGAAGACGCGAAGAUUGCCAUUUUAACGUGUCCGUUUGAACCGCCUAAACCGAAAACGAAACAUAAAAUCGACAUCGAUACUCCCGAGAAGUACGAAGAGUUGCGCGCGCAAGAAGCGAAAUAUUUUACGGAUAUGGUGCAACAGUGUAAAGACUCUGGGGCAACUUUAGUCGUUUGCCAGUGGGGUUUUGACGACGAGGCGAACCACUUGUUGAUGCAAGCUGAUUUACCAGCUAUUCGAUGGGUCGGCGGCGUCGAGUUGGAGUUAUUAGCCAUCGCGACGGGCGGGAGAAUCGUCCCUAGAUUUCAAGAGCUCACCGCGGACAAGUUAGGUAAAGCUGGGUCGGUAAAAGAAGUCGCGUUCGGUACCAUUAAAGAACGCAUGAUUUUAGUCGAAGAUUGCAAAGCGAGUAAAGCGGUGACCAUCUUUGUCCGAGGAGGGAACAAAAUGAUGGUUGACGAGACGAAAAGAUCGCUGCACGAUGCCAUCUGCGUGGCGAGAAAUUUAGUCAGAAGUAACCACAUCGUCUACGGUGGUGGGAGCGCGGAAAUUGCCUGUGGUAUCGCGGUCGAAGCGGCUGCCGAUUCCAUUCCAGGCGUCGAACAAUACGCCAUGCGUGCGUUCUCAGAGGCGUUGGAAUCCGUCCCGAACGCGUUGGCCGAAAACUCUGGUUUACCUCCCAUCGAAACCGUGGCGACGAUUAAAGCGAGACAGUUGAAAGAGAAGAACUUUUGCUUAGGCAUCGAUUGCAAAGAAACCGGCACGUGCGACAUGAAAGAACAAGGCGUGUUUGAAACUAUGGUUGGUAAGAUUCAGCAAGUAUCGCUCGCGACGCAAGUGGUGAAGAUGAUUUUGAAAAUUGACGACGUCAUCACCGCCGAGGCUGCGUAUUAA